AUGGAAUCAAGCGACGGGCCUGACAGCAUGUCUGAGACCGACCUGACUGACCCAGGCCUAGGGCCACCUUGUACUGGACUUGGGUACAGCCGAUCCCCAGAUAACACGGAUGAGGAUCUGUCAGAUGUUGCCUUAGAUUAUUGGGAAUCCAAGAAGGCCCAGAGACCGAAGGACUGGGUGAAGGGUCACUGGCAGCAGUGCAUCCAGCGAAGCAUGUCACUAUAUUGUGAUGCUGUGUCCAGCACUAACAUCAGGAAGAUACUGCACGAUGAAGUUCAGCACCAAUCCCAAAUGGUGUGA